CCAUGACGUCAGGAGAAGGAGUCUCCCCAAGUGCCAAGAGGACAUCCGAAAAAUUCCGAGGUUGUGAGUUAGAGUUGUGCCUCCCAAAUCCGGCGGCGUAGUGGCCUCUCGGCCCUUUUCCCGUUCAAAAAAACACCCACAACCGUAAGGGAACAACAUGGCGAGAGUAGAGGAAGCUCACAGAAUUACGGACCUUACUUAUAAGGGACUAGUGGAAAACUUUGCCCCCGCUGUUCGCAAUUUGAUUUCCAUGGGCAAGGCAUACGAGAAGUCACUUGCAGCUGUUUCGUCUACUGCAAGAGGCUAUUUUGAGGCUUUGAUGAAGUUGGGAGAGCAAGCAAAUGCAACCAGAGGAGCCCCUGAACUUGGAGGAUGCCUGAUUCAGAUAGCUGAGAUUUUCCGCAACAUCCAAAUGCAGCACGAGGAGACGGUCCAGUCCUUCCACAAGGAGCUCAUCGUCCCGCUGGAGCAGAAGGUCGAACAGGACACCCGCAGCAUGCCGAAGUGGUUAAGAACACCCAAGAUCCUGCACAAAACAUACACGCAAGAAUACAAGGCAAAAGCAGAGACCUUUGAGAAAGCCAAGAGUGAACUGAAGAAGCACAGGAAGAAGAGUAACAGGAAGGAUCCUCACAAGUACGAAGCCAAGGAGUCACAGUUGAUCAGAGCUGCCACCGAGACACAGAGUAAGCUGGAUGACUGCAGAGCACAUGGGCUGACUAAGGCCCUGGUAGAAGAGAGGAAACGUUACUGCUUUGUCGUGGACCGUCACUGCGCGAUAGUGAAACACUACAUGGUAUACCACAGUAAGGCUCAGAACCUCUUGAGGCAGAAGCUUGACAGUUGGGUGGAGGCAUGUGACAACCCAAACAUUCUCACCAAGAGGGCACAGGACGUCUUAGACAGGGCUCUGCAGGGCCCAUCCUCUGACAUGAUGACCAUGCCGCGGCGUGGCAGCCAGAUCAUGCUGGACAGCGAUUUUGCGGACAUGAACGGAGGGCGGGGAGACCCGUACCUGAGGGACGACAGAUACCGCGGGGAAGGGUACAGCAGGGAUGGGUUCGCCACGAUGCCGGAGAGACGUCAGGGCAGUCCGCUACGCCGACCAGUCAGCCCAGUUUCCCAACAUGCACCAAUACAGGAGCUGUUCCGAGAUGCCCCGCCUCCUGUACCCGGUCCUGCCCAGCACGAUGUUUCCAUUUACGGCACAAUGCGACGACCUGCCCCGCAAGGUCGCCCCGCCCCUCAAGGUCGCCUUGCCCCACAAGGCCGACCUAUGACCCCACAGGGUCGAUCCAUGUCUUCCAGUUCGUGGGUGGGGCCGAAGCUGGACUAUUACCAAGCGCCCAGACAACAGCAGCAAACGACCAUAUAUGGUACCAUGCGGGGGCCUCCGCGUAGGUCCCAGUCGACCUUCCAGGAUGAUCGCUACCAUUCGCCCCCGCCGAAUGCCAUGUCUGUACGCGAGCCACGGCGAGACUUCCACGAGCCCCUGAUGGUGGACACGUACUCCAACACGCUGCCCAACCCUCGGCGCGGUCAAAACCAGCGCCAGCCGCGCCCGUCCCAGUCCGCCUCCGUGUUUGAGCCACCACAGCAGCAGAGCGGACAGAUGGCACGCUCGGUGUCUGCUGUUCCAGCAAGCAGGAGGAAAGUGCGUGCCUUAUUCCCACACAAGGCUGGUGACAGCACCAACCAGUUGUCUUUCAAUGAGGGAGACACAAUUUCACUGCUGAUCGACCAUCCAAGGGACGGCUGGCACUUUGGAGAGAAUGACAAGACUAAAAGGAGAGGAUGGUUCCCAUACUCCUACACCCAGCCGGCCACUAGUGAUGCACCCCCACCUCCUGUACAGGCAGCACAGCCCAUGGCAGCCCCCCUGCGCCCGAGCGUCAGCAUGGGGAACCUUCUAAACAACUCUGCGUACCGGGAGCCCAGCCGCCUCCCCUCCCCUGACUACCAGGACACGCAGGCCGUCCAGCAGUCCCCGAUGCGACGGGAGGCCAGGCCGCGCAGCGUGGCGGGAGAUUCGCUUCUCACGGUAGCUGAACAGAGCGAUGAUUUCAGACAUCCCAAUGGAGAUUAUCAACAGUCGCAGGGCGUUGACCCCUACCGCCAGCCGCCGCCUCGCUCUGACUACCAACAACCGCAGCCGGGAGACUACCGCCAGCCCCCGCCGCGCUCCGACUACCAACAGCCAAUGAGGCAGCCCCCUCCUCCCCAGGAGUACCGGGAUCGUAACGACGGUUACAGGGACCCAGUAGAUGCAAGGUACAUUCCUCGUCAGUCUGAGUCGAGCUACCGACAGAGCGUGUCGUCGGAGUACAGCCAGCCAGCGGACCACCGACCACGGGGGGUCAGCUACGGCGGGGAACCGGACUACCGCUCAGGUCAGACCGAGUAUGCACAGCCGGUCAAUGGCAGGAGUAGUGUGUCAAAUGACCGGCAGAACGGGUUCGGGGAAGGGGGGCACCCCCCUCCCUCCACCCAGCCUGCCACCCCCCAGGAGGAGAACCCCGCGAGGAACCCAUUUGCAAAUGUGAGGUUGAAAAAGACAGUUACAAAUGACAGAUCUGCGCCCAUAAUCUGAGAAAGAGAGAGAGAGAUGGAGAGAAAGACAAGCAGAACGAGUGAUGGAAAGAGACAAAAGAAGAAAGGAAAGGAGAGAGAGGACGAAAAGAGCUUCCACUGUUCAAAGAAUAGUGUAGUUGUUACACUACUUAUGAUACACAGUUUUAGAUAGUUUUAGUUCAUAUCAGUCCUUGUGUUACAGAAGAAAUGGACUAUCAUAUCCAUGACAAUGUCAUUAAUAUAACAGGUUGAUGAAUAUAUCAUAAAUUCAUAUCUCUCUUCUUUGUAAAAUUGUAUCAUAAUUAUUCGGGGAUGAAACUCAGACUUUAUUACCCUUUGCAGGGACUACCAAUGAUAAACAUAUUCAGGAGAAAUUUAAUUUGCGUUAUUCAUACACAGAUAUUUCAUUAUGCAAAUGUAAACAAGACCUGUAUGUUGAGAGAUUUUUUUUGUUUGUGUCCGUAAAACAGGAAGAUUUGUGAAAGGCAUAUUUGAAAAGUUUGAAACAGUUACUGGAGGGGAUCUCUAUGGUUUCGCAUAUCUUGGACUAUUUCAUUGUAAAGAUAGGGAUGAUGAAAAAAACAAAUCCUCCCUUGAAGUUUUAUACUGUUCGGAAAGAAAUAUUGUGUGUAAAUUUGUUACCUUUCCUUUGUCUUCUGAUGGAAGAUGAUCCCCCCGUAGACUGAUCCUCACUGUCCUUAAAAUUAGCAGUUCAACCAAUGGUAGCUGGGCAAUGAACAGUUUGACCAAUGACAGAUGACUGCAUGGUCAUCAAAUGUUUGCUUUUCUAUGGUUAUGUUCUGUAUAGGAUAUGUCUAUUGCAAUGGAUGCCUGAAUUUUUCGUGCCUAAAUUUUGGUGGACAGUGUAUAUCCCAAGAGUUGUGUAGCCUUAUGUUAAGGCUAGUGAUGGUAAAAAGUAUUGGCUUUGCUGGAAAAGUGAAGUGAAGGUCAUAGUUGAAAGGUGGCCCUAUGCGGUGUAUUUUUGGUGCCUGACCCAGUGUCUAUACUUGCCUUGGUGAGUACAAAACCAAGAGGAUCGGAAGCAGAAAAGAUUUUUUUGCCACGAUAUGUGAAAGAAUUUCACCAGCUUUUAUGUAUCAUAGUUAUUUACAUAUCGUUUAUAAUCAGCCAUUUUACCGGGUACCAUUUGCAAUAUCAUUUCUAUGUUUAAAAGAGGUUGAAAACAUUACUGUCAAAGAUGAACCAAUGUACAAUGUAUACCUCCGAUCCAAUUUGACUGUUGAAAAGGGAGGACAAUGAACCCACGAAUAUAACUUUAGUGCCUUGUACAUUUCAAUAGAUGUACUGUUAUUUUUUUGCAUAUAUCAUAUUUGUUUAUACAUAUCUAAUUCUUUUCUAUGGUAGACCAGCAGAUAUGAUUAAUAUGCCACUAUCUUCUUACAAAAUUAACAUAUUUCGAGGGUUUGCCGAAGUUGCCUAUACAUUGGCAUUAUGUGCCUGCUUUGUUUCUAUCUGUUUUCAAACACCACUUUUUGGAUGAGGUCUCAUAUGUGCAUAACUAACUAAAAAAUAUCAAUGAUCACUCUAAGCCAUUGCUGGUCUAUGGCUAAACUUUGAAACAAACAUGCAGUUUACAAUAUUUCUUUUAAGUUUAGGCUGUGCUAAUUGCUCUGACAUGUACUUAGAAUACAAAUUUUGUUUGCAUAGUUACUGCACUUUCAGAGCUACAUUUUUUGGCAACACAUCAGGGGUGGAGCCAAUUGUUACAAUGCUGUAGCCAUAUGCUAGACACGUGACGUGAUACAUGACUUGCUUAUUUGUUUAUUUUUUCGCUUUCUAGUUAUUUAUGAUUAAUUUCUUUACUCAUAAUUUGAGUAUAAUUAUUUCCAAAGAGGCCAAGAGCCUAGAUACCCUAUAUAAUUACAGUAUUAUUGUUCCGUUUUUGUAAUUGUUUACAUAACCUGUUCUCAAAAGGCAAAAGCCAUUCUUUGACCACUAUCUGAGUAAAAUGCUGUUGUUUACACUAAUUAUAUUCGAAUAUACUACUGUAUAAUUAUUCAGCUUGUUUAUCAAUUAAAUUAUGGUGCCAGACA